AUAGGUUUUGGGAAGUUACAGUAGUUAUCUUGUUUAAGCUACUGGCCGAUGUGGCUGCGCCCUGUCGUGUCUUUUUCUAAGCGGGUUUUUCCCGGUGUUUUGUUUGUCUUUUCUUUUUGCGCUCUUGCUGGGGUUUCUCGCCUGGGUUGAAUGCAGUAACUGCAGUUGAUUGCUGUUGAGCUUUUCUGGUAGGAAUUAUUUUUAGGGAAGAGGGGUUUAUUGUGGUAAGUGAAGUGAUUGCUGCUUCUUUGUUGCUCUGUGUUGAUGAGUUUGGUUGGUCCUUGCAAGACUGUCUGUCCUCAAGUCCUGGGGUUUGUCUCGACUUGUAUUGUCUAUAUCAGAGUUGUCGAGGGUGUUCGACAGCGUUGCUACAUAGAACUUUGCUUGCUCUGGACGUGUUCUUCCGACCUGCUCGGGAUCGAAUUCGACUACCGCCGUGAUGUCUGCGGCAAGUGGUGAGAGCCAAUGGAUGUCAGGUGGGAGCACGGAUGGAUCACAGACGGGCAGUUCAGACGGCUCGGGGAGUGAGAACAGUGGUAGCAGUGGAAGCGGUGGAAACGGUGGAAACGGUGGAAGCAGCACAUCCCAAUCUGAAGGAUAUACGUCUCCCGCUGAGUCCACGACUGCCAGCGCGACAACACCAUCAGCAGCCGACUCUUUUCUCACGGCGACUCAAACCGCUACUCCAUCAUCUACAAGAUCCGCAACCGCGACGUCUACCUUGACUUCCUCCGCCAAAAGUACGACCAGCAACACCAAAACCCUCGCAAUCGCCAUCCCCGUCGCUAUCGUAGGCGCCGCCAUCAUCCUCGGACUUCUCUUCUUCCUCCUAAGCCGGAGACGCCGACGCCGUCGAGGCCGAAUCCUCGCCUCGACCUCCCAGGUCGACGUCGUCACCGUUCCCCGACAACCAAUCCUACCCCAACCGCAGCAGCACUCCCCCCGAUCACUCCAAUCGGCUCAAGCAACCCCAUGGGGACUCGGAUCCACAAACAACACCCAUAACAUCCCUUUCACCGGGCCCAUCCCAUACAGCAGCCUCGACCAUCACCCGACUCCAACCGCCCAGUCACGCAGCCUCGAGACAACCGAUAGCCACCACAACCUGACCGCCGGAAUCGACACCACGAUCGAACAACCACCGCCAUACUCCACUCGUCCCGAGCCGGCGGGGACGAGCAUACCAUCCACCACAGUGAUGACGGGCGGCGGCGCUCCGUCCCGACAAUCGUCGAGGCGCGAGCGGCCGACAUCCCCCUUUGACCAUCCUCUGGACGACACGGUCUCGGAGAUAUCCAGGUACAGUCGCGGGCCAUCCCUGGUACAUCGGGCGAGUCUCGACGAAAUCUCGUCCGUGUCGUCAAUGGGUGACGAUGAAAGGCGGCCGGCGAUGCGUCAUUGAUUUUGCGUUUUUUGCGCUUGGAGAGGGGAUAUUUUGGGUUUGGGCGUCAUGUUUAUUUAUAGGCGGGCGUUUUGGGUGCGGUGGAGCUGUUUUCCGCAGCGGGAUUUAGUUGAUUCUGGGACGAGAAAGUAUAUAUUGAGAGCUGGAAUUAUCCGUUCCAAGGCGUCGAAUGUACACAGUGAGAGAUUGUCGGAGAUGUGGUGUGGUGUAUCUGUCCAUACAAUGGAGUCACUACCGCUUUAUACUCGCGAAUUGAGCAGCAAC